UCAUCCCUUGCUAUAUCGUCUCGCACACGCCAGCUUAAAUUCCCAUAUGCAUCUUGACAAACCUUUCUAGAUAGAUAGACAGAUAGAAUUGAGCCGUGACCUCACCCUUAAUUUGGCCCCUCUCUCUUUCUCCACACGACUGAUCACUGCGAUAUCACCACUGACGAGAUGGAGGCAGCGGCACCAAGGUCCUCGUCAACUAGCUACUAGAUCGUCCGGUCAUCCGUUGAUCUCCCAUGGAGGCGAGCAAGGGAAGCGAUGGGAGCUCGGGCGCCUCGGCGAGCAACGAUGACAGCACGGUGGAGGAGGAAGGAGUGGGCCGUGAAUCGCAGGAGGACGCCUGCAGGGGGAACUCUUUGUCGUCCUCGUCGGUGCGCCCCUACGUUCGCUCCAAGAACCCGCGCCUCCGCUGGACGCCGGAACUCCACCACUGCUUCGUCCGUGCCAUUCAUAGGCUCGGCGGCCAAGAUCGUGCAACUCCGAAGCUCGUUCUUCAGAUGAUGAACGUCAGAGGGCUUAGCAUAGGCCAUGUCAAGAGCCACCUCCAGAUGUAUAGGAGUAAGAAGAUUGAUGACUCAGGCCAGGUCAUAGGUCAUCUCCCCUUGCCCCAUGCCUUCCAUCAUCGCCAGAGUGGUGCGGGCACCAUGUCGUCAAGGUUUGGUGCUGCUGCAUGGCCUCCAUGGAGAAGCUUCCAUGAACCAUACUGGGCCCAUGGUCGCCCCUUCCUUGGAUCGAGGACCUACAACUCUUUAGAAGCUGAAGCCGAGGCGGCUUUCCUUCGGUCCCGAGCUCAACAUGUAGCUCGAGCUGCAUCUAGCAAUCCAGGAUUGAUGAUGCAAUCAGGCUGUGCAUCUCUGAACGAUCAUCAUACCAUGAACCACCAGCAUAAACGACUGCUGCAACCGACAGUGCGCAAUGACGACGAUACCCAUGUUCCUCUUGAUCUUGAUCUCGAUCUCUCGCUCGGUCUCCCCGUGCCGAGGGGGGAGGCGAAGCGGAAGAGAUCGGGCUGCGGCUGGGUGAAAGAAGGCCCUGAUGAGAAUGGAGCCGAUGAAGAACAAGUGGAUGAGAUCAGCACUGCCACUAUGCUAUCUCUGUCCUUGUUCUCUCCUGGGGAUGCUCCUCGGAUGAUGAGUAGUACUAGUGCUAGUGAUCGUGCAGUAAAUGUCAGUGUGGAUAUUAAGAGAGGAGGGAAAGAUGAGCAUGCUACAAGGAGGGCAAGUACUCUUGAUCUCACCAUAUGAUCAGUAUGUAAUGUGGUGAUAUCUCGUGGUACUUUUCCAUACAUCCAUAUAUGUUAUAUUAUGUAGAGCGAACAUAUAUAUACCUAUGUUUUACCAUA